AUGGGUGACGCCGGCCAUCGGCUGGAGUCGAUUCUCCAUCAUUUGACUCUUCCUGAGACGAUCUCACUACUCUCUGGGAAAGACACAUGGCAUACAGUGUCCAUCCCUCAUCGAGGUAUUCCGUCUAUCCGUGUUUCAGAUGGCCCAAGCGGAGUGCGAGGGCGCCGCACCUUUCAAGCUUCACCGACAACAUGUUUUCCCUGUCCAAUUGCGCUAGCUUCAACAUGGGACGUCAACCUGAUGAAAGAGAUCGGGACCCAGAUGGCAGGGCAAGCAAAAGCACAAGGUGUCCAUGUGAUACCGACUCCCACAAUCAACAUUCAGCGAUCUCCUAUUGGAGGAAGGAAUUUCGAGUCCUUUUCAGAGGACCCGGUGCUCUGUGGCUUGCUAGCCUCCAGCCUUGUCUGUGGUAUUCAACAUGAAGGCAUUGCAACAACAGUGAAGCACUUGGUAUGCAAUGACCAAGAAAGCCAGCGCAAAAAAAUCGAUGUCAUCGUCGAGGAAAGAGCCUUAAGAGAGAUCUAUCUCAAGCCAUUCCAGAUGGUGGUAAGGAAUGCUCAGCCUUGGGCUAUCAUGGCGGCAUAUAAUCGCGUGAAUGGGCUCCACGUUAGUGAAAACCCUCAUCUUCUUGAGAAGGUUCUUAGGAGUGAAUGGGGCUGGGAUGGAGCUAUCGUAUCUGACUGGUUCGCAACCUAUUCAACCUGCGAGGCUCUAAACACCGGUCUCGACCUUGAAAUGCCAGGUAAGACGGAAUGGAGAGGUAAACUGGUUUUGAGAUCGCUGCAUGCUGGCAAACUUGAACCUCCAGUCCUCCAGCAAAGAGCACGAAAUGUCCUUAACCUCGUUGAUAAAACGCGUGUAUCAGGUGUCCCUGAGGACGCUGAAGAGUGGGAAAACAACACCCCUGAAGUGAGAGAAGCAAACAGAAAGGCUGCGACUGAAUCAGUUGUGUUGCUGAAGAAUGCUGCAAAGCUCCUUCCAAUUAAGACACCUGGCCGCGUCGUGAUAAUUGGACCCAACGCCAAGGAAGAGCUGUACUGUGGAGGUGGAAGCUCAACGGUAUUCCCUUACUACUACGUCACUGCAUAUGACGGCAUCAAAAGGGCUCUGGAACUGCAGAGUCCAUCUAGCGAGCUAGCAUUUGCUCAAGGUUGUUACAAGCACGCACUGCUUCCGGUUCUGUGCACAGAGUCUGCAGAUGGACAGAAGGGGCUGGAUUUGCAGUUUUUUGAUCGUGACUUCACACAAACAUCAAAUGCUCAAAAAGUUGCAGAAACUCAUUCGUUCACCUGGAGGCUUGUUUUUCUCGACAGUUUGCCGAAGGCAGCUCUUCCUUCAGUAUAUGGUCGCUUGAGAGGAAUGUAUACAGGGCCAAGUGAUGGCGACUUCGAAUUUGGCGUUGUCACCACGGGCAGAGCAAAGCUCUACAUCGAUGGAGUCGCCCUUGUAGACAAUUGGACCAAACAAGAAAGAGGAAAUCACUUCUUUGGACUUGGCACUAAAGAAGUUCGCGGGACGAUUAAUUUGACAGCGGGGCGCCAGUACGAGGUCGUCACUGAGUAUUCCAAUAUAAGCACUCUUUCCGACAGAACUGCGGCUGAUCUAGCUGGUGGCAUCUUGCGAUUAGGGGUGUGCCAAGUUAUCAGCCCCGAGGCACUCCUCAACGACGCACUUGAAGCUGCGGCUUUAGCUAAUACGGUAAUAUGCUGCGUUGGAACAGAUCAGGAACAUGAAAGUGAAGGCUGGGAUCGGAAGAACAUGAAAUUACCUGGAUCACAAGAUCAACUUGUCCAAGCGGUGUUGAAGGCGAACCCGGGGACCGCUUCUACAGUGGUUCAAGAAUGGUUCAUGGGGAGUGAACUGGGCAAUGCCUUAGGAGAUGUUCUCUUUGGCAGAGUCUCUCCCAGUGGCAAGCUCUCUGUAACUUUCCCGCGACGGCUAGAGCAAAACCUAUCGUAUGGCAACUUCCCGGGCGAAAACGGUCGGGUGAGGUAUGCUGAAGGCGUAAUGGUUGGUUACAGACACUACUCCACCCGACACAUACCCACUCUAUUUCCUUUUGGCCACGGUCUGUCAUUCACGGAAUUCAAGUACAGCGAGCUUUUGUUCGAAGGUGACAACGUGCUGCGCCCUGAUGGAGUUGUGUCGGUGUCUCUCACACUUACGAAUAUUGGAGAUUUUACCAGCCACGAGAUUGUUCAGCUCUAUGUGUCUGCCCUCACUAGCUCGACGUUUCGCCCGCUUCUAGAAUUGCAAGGCUUUCAUAAAGCUCGGGACGUGCAAUCUGGAGAAAGCCGUAAAAUGACAUUCAAUAUCGACAAGUACGCGGUGUCAUGUUAUGAUGAAAGGCAAGAGAAUUGGAUGGCAGAAGCUGGCAAAUAUCGCGUGUCCGUUGGGGCUUCCGUGGAGGACCUGAGGCUGGCUACUUUCAUCCAGGUGCCGGCCACUUUCCACUGGUCAGGAUUGUAG